AUGAGUGUCGCCCGACGUUUUCACACAGCAACCAUAUUAACAAAUGGAUCAGUAUUAGUUGCUGGAGGAGAUAACAACGGUAGUUAUCUCAAUAGUGCUGAAUUAUAUAAUCCUUCAACAGGCACUUGGACAGUCACAGGAAAUAUGAGUGUCGCACGAUAUCAACACACAGCAUCCACAUUAGCAAAUGGAUCAGUAUUAGUUGCUGGUGGAUACAACAGUGGUGGCUAUCUCUAUAGUGCUGAAUUGUACAAUCCUUCAACAGGCACUUGGACAGUCACAGGAAAUAUGAGUAUCGGACGAUAUUAUCACACAGCAUCCACAUUAGCAAAUGGAUCAGUAUUAGUUACUGGUGGAUACAACAGUGUUAGUUUUCUCCAUAGCGCUGAAUUGUACAAUCCACCGACAGGUACUUGGACAACCACAGUAAGUAUGAAUACUACACGAUGUCUUCAUACAGCAUCCACAUUAGCAAAUGGAUCAGUACUAGUUGCUGGUGGAUCGAGCAGUAGUGGUGUUAAUGCCAAUAGUGCUGAAUUGUACAAUCCAUUAACAGGCACUUGGACAACUACAGGAAACAUGAGUAUCGCACGGUAUGGUCACACAGCAUCCAUAUUAGCAAAUGGAUUAGUUUUAGUCGUUGGUGGAUAUGGCAACAGUGGAGAUCUCGACAGUGCUGAAUUGUACAAUCCAUCAACAGGCACUUGGACAACUACAGGAAACACGAGUGUCGCACGAUGUUAUCACACAGCAUCCACGUUAGCGAAUGUAUUCGUACUAGUUAUUGGUGGAGUGAACAGCGGUGGCCAACUUAAUAGUGCUGAAUUGUACAAUCCAUCAUCAGGCACUUGGACAACUACAAGAAGCAUGAAUAUCGCACGAGAUGUUCACACGGCAUCCAUAUUAGCAAAUGGGGCAGUAUUAGCUGCUGGUGGAUAUGGCAGUAGUGGUAUUCUCAAUAGUGCUGAACUCUAUGAAUCGAUAUAA